AUGGCGGCGCUCAACCAGAGCCCCAGCGGCUUUUCAUACGCGCAGGCCGCCAAAGGCCGGAGUUUGACCACACCCUCCAAGACGCCUUCCAGUAAGGUAACCUCAGGCACAGCGACACCUGCGACUGGCGCCUUCUCAGAACUCGGUCCGAAUAGCAAUUGGGCAGAUGAUGUGGAGGCUACAGUUGGGGACAAGAACACGGACACGCGGAAGGUAUCCUCAGAGCAGUCAAAGUCUCAAGCCAAAGACAGCGCCGUGGAGCGCACCAAGUCUGAAAGCAGACCGCCAAAUGGCUCGUCAGGAGUAUCGACCCCAGACCUUACUGCUUCGUCUACCAGCACUAGCAACCCCGACGAACAGUUCCCAGCACAGAACGGCACUUCGUCCUCGGACACGACCUGGGAGACGAAGUCGCAGAACUCUGCGCAGAACUCAGAGCCGGCAUGGAUUGCAGAGCGCAAGGAGCGACAGAGUGGGAGCCCGGGAGAGGAGGGCAAGGGUCGACGCGGCAAGAAGGAGCCCAAGGAACCCAAGGAACCCAAAGAGUCGGCGACGAGGCCGGCCACGCCCAAAGCAGUCGUGUUGACUGAUGCACCUCCGCCGGUGGUCAACCCGUGGGCCAAGCGUAUGGAGACCGCCAAGGCGAAACCAACCGUUACACCAUCGGCCCCCAGGUCGGCAGCUCAGCCAGAGACCAAGGAGAAUCAACAACCUAGUUCAGAGUCACGGAAGAAUGCGAGCUCAGUCACGACUCUGCCACGUGAGGUUGCCACCCCAGCAGCGGCAGGAGCAGAUGUCAAGAAGAGUACAUCGCAAAGUAAGCGUGCCAGUGAUGCGCGCCACAAUGCCCGUCAGAGCUCAAAGCAAUCUGCAGAAGAUGCACACAAAGAUAGCGGAGCCGCCGCUCCUGCCAAAGCCAUGCAGCGCGAGCACCAGAGUCUGCCGAAUCUUACAGCAGUACCACCUCCUGUCAAGGAUGAUGUUGCAUGGCCAACUCCAGAGACCGCCCAGGAAAAGGAGCGCAAGGACACACAAACAGAAAAGGAAGUCGAGGACAAUGCUGAUGCCGAAGCUACUGCCGGUGCUAAGCGAGAGAAGACGAAGUGGAAGCCCGUUCCUGUAACGCCGACGAUCGUAUGGCAGACCGAGGAGAUGAACCGCCCACCACGUGGGCAGAAUGGCGAGAGAGGAGGUCGCGGCGGCAACGGAGCUCGAGGACGUGGUGGGUUCCGUGGUGCACCCAAUGGCUCCAAGGGUGGCGAUCGCACAGCACCACGCAAUGGCAGCUCUGAGGGCGAGGCUAAGAGCGCUGUGGAACCAUCGACGGCAUCAAAUUCCAACAAUCAACGAUCAAAUGGAAGCCAAUCACAAGAGGAUGGCUUGGUCUAUGCACCAACACAAACCAACGGCCAAUUGUCUUCCACCGAAGAGACUACCACUAUCAGCGCCACGGCACCAGUCUUUGAUGCAAGGCGAUCAUACUCGUCCAAAAUGGAGCCUGCAAGUGCUGGUGAACAGCAAGAUAUCAAGAUACCGGAGCCGAUACCGCGCCAGAGCCACCCCACCGCUCAAGUGAGCGACGCAGCCGAUAGUUCUGAAGCUGCGCGCGAUGGUCCCACGAUUCGCCGAGUCCCCUCCGAUGGCAGGAAGGAAGCGCGCCCAUUCGAGUCUCUUGGUGGCAAGGAAUGGAAUGGCGCAUCACGUGGAGGAGGGAAGCGUGGCGGACGCGGCCGUGGUGGCUCGCGCGAAUACUCCAACGGCCACCAAGCAAGCCAACCUUUUGUCAACGGUCAUGCUGACUUCGUCAACUCCUUUGCUGGAGUUCCACCGUCGCCGUCAGCAUAUCCGACAUCUCGGAGUCCAUACCCCUUCACACAACAAGGUCGGGGUGGUUGGCAACGUGGUGCCUCACGGUCGCAGUCGAUCCCUCUUGAGAAUGUGUAUGGUGGGCGACAAUUCUGGCCUGGUGGUCAACUUCCACCAAUGCAGACUUACAUGCCAGGCAUGUACGACUACCAAAGUGGUGCGCCCUACACUGCUGUGCCGUUCCACCCAAUGGCUGAGCACCAACAACUUUUAGACAUGGUCCACACGCAGCUGGACUACUAUUUCUCCAUGGACAACUUACUCAAAGACAUGUUUUUGCGCAAGAAUAUGGACGGCCAAGGCUUUGUGUUCCUCGACACAAUUGCUAACUUCAACCGUGUCAAGCAACUCACCGCUGACAAAGAAAUUAUCAGAGCCGUGUGCUUGCGCUCUGACACCAUCGAGAUCCGUGUGGGUGAGGAUGGAAAGGAACGACUACGUCGUCGCGAGGGUUGGGAGCAAUUCGUGCUGCCCAAUGAGCAACGCGAAACGGCUGCGCAGACCGAAGGACCACAGAUUUUGCAACGCCCCGAGCAGCCUCACUUGCAGUUCUGGACGCCGCCGUCGAUGUUCCGUGGCCCACCGUCCGCUGGAAUACCUGGACGACGCUCGUACGACUCUGGGUUUCCCAUGAAUGGAGGCGUCCCUGGCUUUGCCCCAUUCUCACCAUUGGCGGAAGCGCCAUAUGGUGAUUUCACCAACGGCGAGGAAGGUCGCGGACGCUCGGCCAAGUCGCCUAUCCAGGACUCGAGCAGUUCACCUGGACCGCAGGCAUUCCUUGGACAUCGAAUUGGCGAUGAUUCCGAGCCAGAUGUCUUUCCCAAUCAGAACAUAGAGGCGCUUACCGUUGUUGUCAGGCCUGGCCUGCAGCGAUCGUCGGUGCCGCAUCAUCACGCAGCUUCUAGGACUUUUUCAAACGGCUCUAUAGAUACUCGCAGUAUCCAGGGAGAGCUUGAAAAGUCUGCGGAUGACGCUGCCCAGCCGACCACCAAUGGCGAGCCCGUUGUCAAUGGUGACCACAACGGUGCAGCCCUAUCUCGCCACACAAGUCCCACCCUCGGGCGCUCUCCGGAGAAAGGGAACAAUGAACAAGAUCUUGCACUCUUUUGGUGCAAGGACAAGGAGUUGCCACAGGAGAAGAUACCACAAGAUGGAACUACCGAGCCUUACAUCACGCUCAGAGCCAAGGCUAUCAAGCAACGAGACGAGGCCGCCACCGGCAACUGCCCCUACGACCUGGAUGUCCUCUACCAAUUCUGGUCACACUUCCUCAUUCGUAACUUCAACAAGUCGAUGUAUCGCGAAUUCCAGGAGCUUGCUCACCUUGAUGCCCAAGAGCGACGCAAUGGCGUAGGGAUGCGCAACUUAGUCCUGUUUUACGCCAAGGCUCUGUCAAGCACCAACCCAAUCCGCGACAACAUCAUCAGAGAUUAUGUGGCACUGGUCAACAACGAGCCUCAAAUCCUGGGUGGAGCUGCUUACAAGCAGCUGCGUCAAGCAUGGCGUGACGGCGCACUUAACCUGAAGAAUCGCAAGAAACUAGCUGACAUCCUCGACGAGGCGCUAAAAACCAAGCUGGAGGGACAAGCUUGA